AUGGAGCGACGAAACGUCUUUAUCUUUGAUCCUGGCACGUCAGAUCCCGCCACGCUGUCCGUGAAACCACCUUUGGAGCAUUUGGCGGUUGUGACGGGACCUCCUCAUGACUUAAACUCCGCACAGCUGCCCUCAAAUUCGCAGAGUAAGCUUGCUCCGGCUGGUAUGCUACCUAAGCAUCGGACCUGGAGCGGCGGAGUCCUGUUUACAUUGCCUGAGGGUUCCAUGAUUCAGCAGUUGACACGCGAGCGAGACGAUUACCAAAGUGAACGCAACCGGUAUAGGCAGAUUUUAAAAGAGGCUGGGGUCGCCGAUAAAUCACCGCCAACUAUAGCGAGCACAAGGAGGAGUACAAACGACAUAGGAUAG